AUGGCUUGGGAUGUUUCGCCGUCUCUCUACUACAAGACCACGCUCGAUCGCAGCGGUUCUUUACGGCUCUUCAAACUCACACGCACGCACGCACUCCACCUCGACACCAACAUCACAUUUCGCUCCCGUCAUACGGAAGCAUUGCCUACACAGGAGAACGCUCUGAUCAUGCAACCAGUACAGCUACGACAACGACCACGAGCACGGGCGACGAGUGCAACUACCGUUUCCGAACUGCAGGCAUCGCGUAGCUCUCCUGGCUCGAGGGACUUGCUGGACAAGGACCAAUCGACGGACACCGAUGACACUCAAUCGACGGACACCGAUGGCACCCAAUCGACAACGUACGAUGCGAUCAAAAGAUGGCGUAUCGCUAGUGCGUUUAUCGACGCAGAUGUGGCGCCGCUGCCCCCGUCUCCCGUCCCCAGCAACAACUUGACCAGCUCCGACUCGCAAUCUCAACGUGGCUUCUACUCCAUCAAACCGAUUCUCCGAUGGAUCGCCUACCUCUGCAUCUGCCUCUGCCUCGUUCUGGGCGUGUACCUACUCUGGCCAUCCCGUCCCAGCGACAAGCCUCCACCGGCCCACCCAACUUUGAACUCCUACCCAACUUCGAAAUUCCACUCCGAGUUCGUCCGCACCAGAGAAGCGUUUAAAGAAUUCAGCUCCAUCGGCUUCAACGCCGUCCACGAACUCAACCUCCAGCGAGCCCUGUUCUGCGCCCCGACUAUGCCCGCCGGCAUCUGCAACGCCUUCGUAGCGGCCAUUCGCGACCUUGAAGCCCUCUUCGACCAAACCGGGGAGGUCGACACCAAGAUCCUCAAGACCAUGCACAGCGACGUCGAAUUCAUCCAAGAUAUCCACACCAUCUCCCCCGUCGCCGACCUCCUCGCCGACGAACAACGCCGCUACGUGGACCACCGCGCUAGCUGGGCCAUUGUCGCAUCCGAUUGUAAAGCCGUCGUGAACUCCACUACCGACACCGGCGUCCGCCUCAAAGAGUUUCAAAACCAGCUCGACGAAAAGCUCGACCUCCACCUCCUCAACUGCUUCCCCGGACCCUUCGGUCAAUACUACGACCGCAUCAAAACCUACCUCCCCGGCCACCAUCCCAAGGACUACUGCAGCCCGGAUCUCGUCCGAGCGAUCCUCGCCCUCUCCCGGGUCGUCAAAUCCCUGCCGCUCAUACAGGACACUUACACCAGCGUCGCGGAGCUGUACAGCGAGGUGCGUGAAAACUACAUGUUUCUCCAUUCGCCGACGGCGAGAGACAUGAGACGUUCGAUUGUGGACGCGUGGCUUGUAGCUAUGACAAGCGUCCACAGCGCGGUGCAGAAGUGUGUGGAGGAGUCGCGGAAGUAG